AUGAACAGCUGGGGAGAUGCCAACACGCCCAAUGGCAAAUCAGUCACGCUAUUUAUAGUCGGAGCAGCCUACCAGGACGUUAUUCUGCAUACAGACAAAUAUCCUCAAGAGGAUUCAAAAUACAGGGCUUCUGCUGUCACUAGACGCAGAGGUGGAAAUGGAGGCAAUACUCUAUGUGUGCUGAAUCAAUAUCGUCGAGUAAAGUCAAAAACAGGUGUUGAUGUAGAUCUAGGGUUAGAAUUCAUUGGAGUGUUCGCUGGUGACAGAGCGAAUGCUGAAAAGACUAAUUCUGUUGUCAUGGACUUGACGAAACGUGUAGGAAUAUCACUAUCGCAAUCCAUAUUCAGAGGCAACCAAUACGAAACACCCACAGCCUGGAUCAUCUCCACUCCAGAUUCACGAACCGUCAUCAACUAUAACGAAGUGCCGGAAAUGACUGCUUCCGAGUUCAUUGAGAGAUUGGGACCUGUGUUGGAUGCGAGAUCAGCAGUUGGAGGAUACAAGGGCUGGUUUCACUUUGAAGGAAGGAAUGUCGUAGAAGUAGAAGCAAUGGUCCAAUGGUUGGAGAAGACAUAUAGAGGAUCGAAAACACUCACAUUGACGAUAUCUAUUGAAUUCGAGAAACCUGAUCGAGGGGGUCUGGAGAGAUUGCUACCAUUAGCGGAUGUCGCCUUCUUUUCGAGGAUUUAUGCUGAAAGUACUGGGUUUGCAAAUGCUCCUACUGGAUUUCUGGACAAUGUGAGGCGGCAAUGUAAACCGAGUGCGAUCCUAUAUGUGAUGUGGGGCAGUAAGGGUGCAUAUGGCCUAGUCAACGAUUACAAGACAGUACCACGCACCUUCCAUGCCCCUGCUCUCCCAAUCACCAAACCUGUAGACACUAUCGGAGCAGGAGACACGUUUAUCGCUGGUGUCAUUAUUGGAUUGGCUUGUAAAGACGCUACACCUGAAGAAGCAGCUGUGUUGGCAUCGGCAUUAGCGGGUACGAAAUGCGCCCAGACAGGAUUCGAUGGAUUGUCGACCAAACUCGUGUUGUGA